AUGUCCGACAUUAAGCAACAACCCGUCACCCAACAACCAACCGCUUCCAACAACCUAACCUACAAACAAGUCACUACCGUGACCGGCACAGAGCCAUGGACCUCUGAUAUCUUCAACUGCUUGGACGGCGGCUUGGACGGCAACGACAACCUCUGCCUCAAGGGUACAUUCUGUCCCUGCUUCGUCUAUGGCAAGACCGCCGCUCGCAUGCGGGACCCCUCUUUGACAGGCUAUGAUCGUAUCAACAAUGACUGUCUUUUCUGGGCUGGUGCAAGCUACUGCGGUCUCCAAUGGGUUCUUACAUUCUUGAAGCGUGGCGAGAUCCGCGAAAAUUAUCACAUCCAAGGCGACGCCCUCACAGAUUGCUUGUUCUCCGCCUUCUGCGGGUGCUGCUCUGUUAUCCAGCAUGAGAAGGAGGUCCUAGCAAAGCUGAGCCAGCAGGGUGUUGUUUCUCAGGGCUACCAGGCCCCUGCGGCCAUGGCUGCUCCGUAA